AUGAUUGUGAAGUCCCAUCAGCAGUCCAAGAGAUACUACUUUGUGACGAUGGGAACCGACUGCCACAUCACCAUGCAGGCCGCAGCCCCUGAAGACAACAUCCAGUUUUUCUUCCGCUACUUCCUGGUCUACAGCCUCCUGCGGGUCGCUCCUCUGAGUCCAUCUCCAACCAUCCCCGAGCCUCCCUCCAACUCCAGCCUCGAACCCAUCUCUGCGGCAGGCCCGACUGACCGCUGCCACGCCGGGUCGUACAUCCAGUUCUACGAUGGUCCAGACAAGAACUGGCCUCUCCUGGGACCCCCGCUGUGUGGGAAGAGCCCUCCGAGGCCGGUACUGUCCACAGGGAACUACCUGACCCUGCGGCUGGUGACCCGGGGGUCGCAGCCCAGAGUGGACUUCGUGGGAGACUUCACCUCGUUCAGAUUAGGCUUUAACCAGCGCUGCAACAGUGAAACGUACUUCAGCUGCAGAAAUGGAAAGUGCAUCCCACUCAGUCUGGUUUGUGACGACACAGGCAUCGACAACUGCGGCGACGGCAGCGACCUGGAGGAAAACCUGAAGGACGAGUGCAAAGAUGGUCAGUUUUUUCUGCCAAAUCCUGCCACAACAAAGUCCUCUGUAUCUGUGUUAAGUCCGUCUGGAACCGCUCAUGUGCAACCGAACUGUGCCAUGCCAGGCAGUCAGGAAUCCACGUCCGGCUCGUGGCCCCUGCUGCUCUGCGUCCUGCUGGGUCUCCUGGGGGGCAGUGUGGUGUUCUGCUGGUGCUGCUGGAGCCCGGGCUGGUUCCUGUGGCGUGUCAGUGUCUGUCGCUUCUGCCCGUGCUGUAACUCGGCGUGCUCGGCGUGCCAGCUCUGCGCCGCCACUACCCACUGCAAGGAGCACCGCAUGGCCAAAGUGAACCCCCAACCUCCCGCCAAAGGACCCCCGACCACAGCUGUGAACCAGUCUGAGGGGGGCGGGGCUGCUGCUGUCGUGUAG